AUGAGGCCCCCACAGCGGCCGCGCGCCCCCGCUGCGGUCGCCGCGCUGCUGCUCCUUGCUGCCGCGCUGCUCGGCGCCGCGCGCGCCGCGCCCGCCGAGGCGGAGGGGCCCGUCGCACCCGCGUCGCUGGAGUCUCUGGUGCCCAGCGGGUUUGCGGCGGCGGCCGCCAAGGCGAUAUCCGCCUACUCGUCGGUUUUCAAGGACGCGCGGGACCGGCUGGAAGGCGGCCAGGUGGGCGCCGGCUUGUCCGACCAGGCGUGGCAGGCACUGGCGUCGGGGACCGAGAAGCUGCAGGGCACGCCGCUGGCUGGGCUGAUCAGUAUAUCCGUCCACGAAAUCUGCCCCAUGAUUCGGUGA